GGGAUCCCGCAGGCGGGCAGGCGAGCGUCCGUCAGUCCGUCCCCGCCGCGCCCCAGGGCGAAGCUGGCGUGAGCCAUAUGGGAGCAGCCUUCUGUCCGGUGCACGGGCUCUGGUGGUGUUGGGCAUGAUGCUGUGGGUCCUGGUGGGUGCCCUCCUCCCUGUGGUGCUGUUGGCUGCCCCUCCUCCAAUCAACAAACUGGCACUGUUCCCAGACAAGAGUGCCUGGUGUGAGGCCAAGAACAUCACCCAGAUCGUGGGGCAUAGUGGCUGUAAAUCAAAAUCCAUCCAGAACAGGGCCUGCCUGGGACAGUGUUUCAGCUACAGUGUCCCCAACACCUUUCCCCAGUCUACAGAGUCCUUGGUACACUGUGACUCCUGUAUGCCCUCUCAGUCCAUGUGGGAAAUUGUGACACUGGACUGUCCCAGUCACGAUGAAAUGCCCCGAGUGGACAAGCUGGUGGAAAAGAUCAUCCACUGUAGCUGCCAGGCUUGCGGCAAAGAGGCCAGCCACGAGGAGAUGAGCUUUUUCACGCAUGGCAGAGAGGAACACCCUGGCUCCCACGCUGGCCGCCAUUCCCUUGAGGUUGAGGAACCCCCUGGUCCCACCCACCCGAUGGAGGAGGGGGCUGAGGAGUGAUUUCCUCCUUCCUUUUCCCUCCCCUUCCCCCAUCCCCCUCCCUUGGAACUCUGCUUCCCACCUUUCUGUGGGGGAGAGGAGAGGCUGGGCCCCCACCCCCUCCCUGUGGUCAUUGGAUGGACUUGGACUGCUGCCCGGUUGUCACAGCAAUUACUGAGAGUAGGGGGAAACAAGAAUCCAUGCUGCAUAUGUUAAUAUAUUCUGAGGAGACUGGGGUGGGGGUGGGAGAUGGGAACAUUGGGGCUAAAUGGGGUCCUUGGGGUUCAUCUUUCUUUUUUGAAGGUUACAUUGACUCAGCCCUUCAGUUACUUAGAGCCAGGGCUAGAGAAGUAGGAAGUGAAGGUCCCUGGCUAGGAGCUGGGCAGAAGGCAUUGUACCCCCCCGGUGCCAGGGCCUCAGAUGGAGCUAGGACAGGUGUAUUGCCAAGGAAUAGACGGGCGUUUUAAAAAAUGUGGGCAGCGGCAGUAAGGAGGUGAGAUUGCAGUGAUGUGUAGAUGUGUGGCAUGGUGGGUGGGGUUGGGGAUGGGGUGCAGCAAUGUGGCAUUGAUUCUGGAGUGGGGGAAGCUGGAAGUGGGGAGAAUCUUCUUCUCCCCUGGGAUCCUCACGCAUGGCUCCAUAAUUUGCUGGAGGGAACAUCUGGGCACAGGGGAGGCCCAAUCCCCAGGUCUUACUCUUGGCUUUGCUAUAGAAACACCUUGGAGUGAGGGAAGAGAUAACUUUCUCUGCCAGCCGAGUGGUGCAGAUGAGGAGGAGGCUUUGGGUUAACCUUUCAGAAACAGUUCUCUGUCUUCUUCUGAAACACCCCAGCACCAUCUGUGACCUACCCUCUUUGGUCCAAACCCUCUCCAGGCCAUUCAUUAGAGCCUAGCCUAGCCUAGGGAAGGAAGGGAGGUUUUUCUCUAAGAUUAAGUGGAGCUUCCUCACCUGUCAUCUUCUUUUGCGAGGCUGACCAGAGCUGCCCCUGUAGAAGUGGGGACCCCAUUCUCAAAACCUUCCAGGAGGAAAGGCCUAGAUCAGGAGAAAAGGAUAUCCUACCCCAUUGGGAGGAGGAGAGGGGAUGGAGAAACAUGCCAACCUCCAUCUGGGUGAUCUAGAAGUCUUCGAGGGUUAUACUGGGUUGAGUUGAAAGUGUGUUUGAACAUAUACACUUUUGGGGCUCAUUGGGGGAGGCACAGUACCCCCCUCCCCAACUUCUGCUCCUGCUUCUUAACCAACUGCACUUUAAUCCUGAGGGAGGGGGUAGAGGACAUGGGAAUCUCCAGAAGGGCUAUUGUUAUUUCCCAAGAAAGGGGGUGGGAGUACAUCUGCUGCCUGGAAAUGCCCCUGGCUCCCCCAAGACCAUCCCAGAACUGCCUUUUUCCAGGGAAGUAUUUGCCUCAUCCAUAAAUGCACCCCCUUCUGUCCCCUCCCCAACCCUCAUGACUCAUGGCUGGAACUUGUAACCAGUAGCCUGUCUUCCCUUCUAAAUAAAGAAGUUCAGUGUCCUUUUGUGA